AUGCCUUCGAUAGAAGCGAGGUUGCAAGCUGCAAACGCAGGUAGCACAACAAGGACCGAUCGCAAAUCUGCAGAUGCCAUCUUCUUGUCCACAGCCAAUCUCACUUCCGAACUCAGCCGCGUCAACUCGACUCCCCUCUCAUCCGAGGCCAUAGACGCUCUCACCCUUCAGCCCUCCACCUCUUCCACGACAGAUGGAUCACCCAAUGAGCCGUCUCCUUUAACCAUGGCACCGCCCAAACCCGGACCUGCGGAUACACUCUAUCCUAGCCCUUCCGGCGGAUUCGUUCCUUCACCCGAAGAAGGUCAGGACUGGAGGCUUAAGCCACCACCGCCUGGUCGGCGUGGCAACACAGCAGCGGCUAAUUCCUCCCCGUCUGCUGCCGCAUCCUCAUCCUCAUCCUCAUCCUCAUCCUCAUCCUCAUCCGCAUCUGCAUCGACUGCAUCACCGCCAACUAAACUAAGAACUCUUUCAUCAGUUGCGCAUGUCAAUAACCAGCGUCCGACUUCUUGCCUUGGUCUAACAGCAACUUGCAGUACAUCAACACCCACACGUCCUCCAUCACUACCAUGCUCAAAUGAGACAGCGGCCAGAAUCGCCAGUGCUUCCUCGAGUUCUCUCUCCAGAAGGAAUUCGCAGGCGUCCAACUCCCUGACCUCGCCUCAGCUGCGACCCACUUCGAGCUCUGCAAGUUGGCGCCAUCGUCUCAGCAAUGCCUCCGCAUCAGCAGCAGCAGAAGGCAACACCGAUGUUGCCUCGCAACACAACCAGGAAACCUCCCGAGCAGACCUCAAGUCAUCACGCCCAACUUCAAGUGCUAGCUAUCAAACAGCACGAAAUGCCGACAAGGCACAAGAUUCUCCUUACGCGAUCGAAGUGCGCGACUUUGCUUUCCCACCGGACGACCCUCGUCAUCAUGGAGAGCAGCUUCUAGAUGCAGAACAGCAAGAGGCGGAGCAAGGCAGCCAAGACGAGUACCCACAAGAAGAGUCAGAUGCAGCAGAGCACGAAUUCUACAUCCAAGGUGCAGAUGAUGAGAACGAGUUUGAUGGUGACCAAGGAGAUAACGCCAAUGUGCCAGAAGGGCUUUACAAGGUGCUCUACGAGUUUGAUCCUGUUUCCGAACACGAGUUGGCAGUGCAGCCUGGCGAGACAGUUCACGUGGUAGGCUCGAUCGAAGGCGGAUGGGCCAUUGCGAUCAAAGAUGAUGAUCAGGCAGUCAAAGGCUUGGUUCCAGCGACGUAUCUCGAGUGCACAGGGCCUCUUCCUGAGUGA